CAAUGUAUUUAUCGAGUAUAGGGUGCGGAAAGAGGUUUGCAUCUCGGAGAACCAGUUUGGUUUCAUGCCUGGCAGAUCGACUACAGAGGCCAUUCAUCUCGUGAGGAGGUUAAUGGAAGAGUAUAGGGUUAGGAAGAAGGACCUUCAUAUGGUGUUUAUUGACCUUGAGAAGGCGUAUGAUAGGGUGCCAAGGGAGGUCUUAUGGAGGUGCCUUGAGGCGAGAGGAGUGCCUAUCGUGUACACUCGCGUGAUCAAGGAUAUGUACGAUGGGGCUAUGACCAAGGUAAGGACUUCCGGGGGUGUCUCAGAUUCCUUCUCGGCAGGAAUGGGGUUGCACCAAGGGUCUGCUCUUAGCCUUUUUUUGUUCGCCUUGGUGAUGGACGUCCUAACUCAAGGUGUUCAAGACGGGGUCCCAUGGUGCAUGCUUUUCGCGGAUGAUAUUGUGCUUAUCGACGACACGCGUGAGGGACUAAACGAUAAGUUGGAAUCAUGGCGCCUUGCCCUUGAGACUAAAGGAUUCAGAAUAAGUAGGAACAAGACUGAAUACAUGGAAUGUCGUUUCAGUGGCCGGGAUACAGAAUCAGAGGUGGAAGUCAAGAUUGACUCUCACCUAGUACCUAAGGUAGACAGUGGCCGGGAUACAGAAUCAGAGGUGGAAGUCAAGAUUGACUCUCACCUAGUACCUAAGGUAGACAGGUUUCGUUAUCUUGGCUCAGUAAUUCAGGCGGAUGGGGAGUUAGAUGCGGAUGUUGGACAUCGGGUUGGAGUGGCUUGGGCCAAAUGGCGGUUAGCUUCAGGGAUGUUGUGUGAUCCGAAGAUUUCGCCUAGAAUGAAAGGUAAGUUCUAUCGAUCCGUAGUCAGACCUGCUAUGUUAUAUGGGGCAGAGUGUUGGGCGGUUAAGAAGACUCAUGUGCGUCGUCUGCAUGCGGCGGAGAUGCGGAUGUUACGAUGGAUGUGCGGGAAGACAAGGUUGGAUAGAAUUUCGAAUGAGGUUAUCCGACGUCAAGUAGGUAUGGCACCGGUGGAAGACAAGUUGCGGGAAGCGAGGUUGAGGUGGCUUGGCCAUGUGAGACGGCGGAAUGCUAACGCCCCUGUACGGAGAUGCGAGAGGAUUACAGUUAUCGGGGGAAGUAAGGGAAGGGGUAGACCUAAGAAGAAUUGGGAGGAGGUGAUAAGACAGGAUUUAGGACUUCUCGACCUGACUGAGGAUAUGACCCUAGAUAGGAACCUUUGGAGAACUAGGAUUAGAGUAGCUGGAUAGGAGCUCAGUGUUGUAGAGGUGGAGCCGAGGGUCUCUUGGAAACAGCCUCCCUACUUCCGAGUAGGGGCAAAGUCUGCGUACACACACCCUCCCCAGACCAUACUGUUGUGGGAUUCAACUGGGUUGUUGUUGUAUUUAUCUAGUUUGAUUUUUUUGAAUUAUGUUAGACGAAUUUUGAGUUUCAAUUACUCUUAAUUUGUAUUGCAUAAUAAAAUAACAUUCUGAAAGUUCUUAACAAGAUGAUUUUAAUAAAAUUAAUUUUCUAUU